UUUACCACCUAAUUUAUCAUUGUAUUAGUCCUCGUCGGAAGGGUUGGCAGCACUGGCGGCCAUAACAACACGUCCAACCCGGCCCGUCACAACCUGUCCCUCCGUUAUUUCCCCGCCCUAGGAGUGAGGUCAGAGGUCAGAGGUCAUGGGGAAGUGGUCAAAGUACGGGAAGAAGUACAAGAAGGAGUGGGAGAACGAGGCGGACCUGCGGGAAUGGCUAAUAGCGGUCGAGGGAGACAUAACCAAGGCGGCGUGUAGGUUCUGUAACAGCCGCCUUCGCGCCCAUCACUCUGACCUCAUGUCCCACGCCGAGACGGUCAAGCACAAGAGGAACUCGGGUCAAGGCGGCGUGGUCAAGAGGGAGAAGAGGAAGCCAGGGGGGAAGAAGGCCGUGAAGAAGGCACUGACCAACUUGAAGGAGGAGCCGGUCACAGUGACGGCGUUUUUAGGCACCAAGGACGGGGUCGAGAACAAGCGCACUCUGUUCCGCAGCAAGAUCUGUCAUGACGAGGUAGUGAACCCCGCCAGUCUGGGCUUCAUCGGCUGCGGCACCAUAGCUCAGGCGCUGCUGUCCACGUUUCUCAAAGAAGGCCUGGUUGACCCCCACCUGACCAUUGCCAGCGCCCCCACAGACCGAAACCUCUGCAAGCUGCGGGCACAAGGAGUGAGGACGACGCACGAUAACAGUGAGGUGGUGAAGAACAGCGACCUGGUGUUCAUCUGUGUGAAGCCGCAGGUUCUGACGGAGGUGGUGGAGGACCUGAUGCCCCUUGAGGAUGUGCACAGCCCCUUGUUUGUGUCUGUGGUGACGGGGGUGUCCCUGGUGACGCUGGAGGAGCUUCUGGGCACGGUGGUGGACUGCCCAAGAGUUGUCCGAUGCAUGACCAACAACCCUUCCGCUGUGGGCCAAGGCUGCUGCUUGUUCACGCGGGGCACCUACACCUCCCCCUCGGAUGCUGAUGUGAUGCACUCCAUGCUGGGCUCGCUGGGGCUCUGUGCGGAGAUCUCGGAGCACCACAUGGACGCCGCCUCGGGUCUGGUGUGCUCCGGCCCGGCUUUCAUCUACACAGCGAUUGAGGCGAUGGCAGACGGCGGGGUGAAGAUGGGGCUCCCGAGGCACCUGGCGCAGCAGUUGGCGGCCCAGACGGUGAAGGGGUCAGCCGCCAUGGUCCUGGAGGGGGACAAGCACCCGGGCCAGCUGAAGGACGAGGUGUGUUCGCCAGGGGGCACCACCAUCACCGCCCUCCACACCCUUGAGCGACUCUCCUUCAGGAACACCAUCAUAUCAGCGGUGGAGACCUCGACCACACUUACCAUGAGCAUUGACGGGAAGGAGUGAGCGAGGAACCGUCAGCCAUACAGUGGUCUUCUUACGCUUGCCUGGUUCACGGCUGGGAGUUGUGGAGCAGCACCGGCGCCAUCCCAGGGUAGAGGGUGACCAUGACUCCCUGUGGCCGCAGCUCCACCACCGAGGCGCUGUACACGGCCCCAAACUCAAGAUUCGGUUCCUGGUCGCUCAGGAGCUCUUGGAGAGACUCCCGCGCCUCCUCCAUGGCUGCAGGGUUCGGCGCAAACACUGACAGCACGGCAUCCCCUUCCCAUGACAGCUGCGGAGAUUGCGGCUUCAGUGUGUGUGCAUGCGUGUGUGUGUUAAAUGGCGCGUCAGACUGUUGCAGUGUGUGUUAUACAGUGCAAGGUGGUGCCAUGGGAAACCUUGGCACUGGCGGAAAAUUUGUGAUACUGGUUUUGUAUUCGUCGAACUCGUGUUAUAAAGAUAUUUUUUGAUUAA